AUGGCCGCCAACAGGGUUUCCGUGCUCACUACUGCCGUGCUUCUGUGCCUCCUCGUGGCAGCGCCUUUCGCGAACGCCGCUGUGGCCUGCCCGAGAGUGACCAUGAUGAUACUCCCCUGCGUCAACUACGUCCGCGGCAAGGGCCCGCUCACGUUUUCCUGCUGCAACGGCGUGAGGACUCUCAACGAUCAGGCCCAGACGACCUCAGACCGCCGUGCCACCUGCAAUUGCCUGAAGAGCAACGCGGGGAAGAUCCCCGGGGUCAACCCGACCCUGACCUUGGGUCUCCCCAGCAGGUGCGGCGUCAGCGUCCCCUACCCCAUCAGCACCACAACUGACUGCUCCAAGUACGUCUCUCUCUCUCUCUGUCAGCUGACCUAUGAAACGCCGAUUCUUGUGGCAACGGUGGCUAACAUAUGAUUCCCACUUUCGUGGGUUUGGCCUUCUUCCUUCUGCAGGGUUAGAUGA